AUGCCCAUCAGUACGCUCAAAGGCUCCUGGAAGCGCCUCCUCGACGACGAGCGACUACGCCGGUCGUCGCAAGUCCUUUCCGUUAUCGAUCAGCAUGUCUGCAUCUUUGGUGGUGAGGUGAAACCAAGGGAGCCUAUAGAUGAUAAAAUCGAUAUCUUCUCGCUCAAGCCUGAUGCAAAGAGCUUAGAAACUAAAGCCAUAUCCUCAGCACCCACUCCCCGCGUUGGAAGUGCGUCAGCUGUACUGAAUGGCAACAUGUAUCUUUUCUCCGGUCGAGGUGGCAUCGAUAUGGCCCCUAUAGAAGAGCACGGUGCAGUGUGGUGCUUCGACCCAGCAAGCUCAGCAUGGUCCAAGAUCAUGCCUGCUGAUUCAUCUGCCCCAUAUCCACCAGCUCGCAGCUAUCACUGUUCUACUGGUGAUGGAAAGGACACGUUCUUCCUCCACGCCGGAUGUCCAGCGAGUGGCCGCCUUUCAGAUCUGUGGAUGUUCAACGUCCAUAAUUGUACAUGGUCACAAGCCCCUGAUGCUCCAGCACCCCAUAGAGGAGGGACUUCCAUCGCUUACAGUGGGGGCAAACUCUACAGAAUGAACGGAUUUGAUGGCACUACCGAGCAGGGUGGUAGUAUCGAUAUAUUUGAUAUAUCCAACAACACCUGGUCAACCGAAACGUUCAAGGCCGAUGGCAAUGAUGGACCUGAGGCUCGUAGUGUUUGCGUGCUUCUACCAGUUAAGCUCGCUAGAAAGGACAAGCUUCUCACUCUCUUUGGUGAACAUGAUCCUUCGUCGCUUGGUCACGCUGGCGCAGGCAAGAUGUUGAAGGACGUCUGGGUAUAUGAUAUCAGCGAGAAAUGGUGGACACAGCUACACCCUGAAGGCAGUGAUGGUUUUCCUGACCCCCGCGGCUGGUUCGAUGCUGAUGUCAUCAAGGCUGAGACCGGCAACGACAGUGUCAUCAUUCAUGGUGGCCUAGGCGAGAACAACGAGCGACUAACUGACCUUUGGCAACUUGUCUUCUGA